AUUGCUUGACAUCUGCAUCAUAAACAUUAGCUUUACCGCUGUUGCGUAAAAUUAAAACAAUCUGGUCCAUACGUUCGGUUUCCCUGUGCCGGUAACAAAAUUAUGACCUCUCUUAGGCGUGAGGCCCUUCGGUGGUAUAAAAUAUUGCAGCGCACCAAGAAUGAAGUGUUUUCUGGUGAUUUUCGCACCAUUUCCGCUGCGAGACAACGCAUUCGAGAAGAAUUUAUCAAGAACAAAGAUAUUAAUGAUGAGCAGCAAAUCAAAGAGAAGAUUCAAAUCGCCAAGGAUGUCGACGUUGAACUGCGCAGAUCGGUAGUGCAGGCCGUGAGAAAGCAGCCGACCGUGUUUGAGGCGCGCAUCACACCCGAUACGAGAAAGAUGGACAAUGUAAUGUUCGAUCCGGACGCCGAGCUUCCUCCACCUCGGAGCAAGAAGUGUAGUGAUAAAAAAUAGUCAAAUGUCUUCCACGACUCUGCGGCACCACUGUUACCGUUUUGGUGUAACCAUGUGUCCACUAGUGAACUUGUUACCGGUAUCAUGAGGCUUAUCAUGGCAUUUCCCCGUAGAUUCCUCAUCCCAGCGAUUAAUCACCUAAUUCGAGUUCGGAAAGCUCAAGUGUUUUUAAGACUUUUUUUCAUUUCUCAAAUUAGUGUUGAUACCUGAACUCGUUAAUGCAAUGUGCACCAUAUCAUAGGUAAUUGUAGUUGUGUUUGUUAUGGUUUUAAAGUAGUUUGAGUUUAUUGUGUGAAAAAUGUUACACUUGAGCAAAAAUGUAUUAGUCAUUUAAAUUAUGAAAAGGCAUCAUUUCUAGGCAACACUCUUCAUCCCGUAAAUGUUAAGCAAUGAUCACAUUCAAAAUAAAAUUUUGAAUUUAAUGUUUAGA